AUGAGCCUCCCACCGAUGCCCGAUAAUGUGCUGAACAGUGGCACUCCGGAGGGGACGUCCUCGACGCUGUCCAUGUCAGAAGAUGCAUGGGACUUGCUGGGUCUGAGUGCUUCUGAUGCCAUGAAUGACCGAGACUUACACAUCAAGAACGGCCAGGUGUGCCUCUUGACAGGUGGAGAUUACAUGAAUGCCAAGAGGAGGUAUGCUUUGGACAAUCGUGAAGCCCAAAGGGCACAAUGGCGACAGCAAGCGGAGCAGCGCUUGGCCAAGGCCGAGUCUCGGCGUGGGGGCAUUGAGAAGGCCGCGGCCGAGGGUGGUGUGAUGAAGACCCAGAAGUUCACCUGGAGUAAGGAUGGAGCCAAGUCCUUCGAAUGGCGGAAGAUCUAUCACGCUCUAGUGGGCAACGUGGGUCCUGGCGAAGGUGGUUUGCUAGCAGAGGCACUGAUCACCCCUACCUCCAUGCGGAUGUAUACCGACCAUCGAGUUAUGGGCCAGGUGGUGUUGCCUGGAGUGUCGCACGUAUCCCUCAUGGCUGCAACUGCGUCUCAGGGCUUCCCGAACCCUGGGGGUGGCUUGGGUGAUUGGCACAUCAGUGUCAAGGAGGUUCUCUUCGAGCGGCCGUACAUUGUCCACUCUGGCGCUGAGCUCAUUGCCGCCAUAGCCAAUGGUGUAGACCCAUCGACUGUUCAGGCCAUGGCUGGUGGACUUCCCAUUCCCAUGACUCCCGUCGGUGUGCCAACCACAUACUGCCGUGCCACCAACGUUACCAAGGAGCGUGGCAUUGUGAAGUCUACGCUGGCUCGUGUGGCGCACUACUUGGCGCACAGGCUGGAUGGCUCGAUGUUGGGCUCGCGGGUGACUCUGACAGAUCUCAUCCAGGGCGUGCACGACGGAGGGGUUUCCAAGGAGACCUCUGAAGUCUUUGAAGACAUCUUGGCAUUCCUACUUCACCUCCGACCAGCUAAUCUCCAAGUGCCGUGGGAGCUGAAGGCCAUCAAGAGCCAGUUGACCUCCACCGGGCUGCUUGCUACCCGCCGCGGCGGUGACGGCAAGGACAUCGUCAAGGUGAGCUGUACUUUCACUGACAAGGUCAUGCAGGCCCUGCUCGAAACUAAGCACCUGCGCGCGGACCUGGAAGACGAGGACCUAGGCAAGGGCUGCAUGAGCAUGGAGUACGCCGCCCUCCUGGCGAACCUCCUUUGCUGCGAGUCCGCUUCAACAAACCUCAAGGCCUGCGUCUGCAGACUGAUCAUCUCUGACGAGGCCAUCGGCGAGAAUGGCCAAGCAACGGUGCUGGCGGACGGUCUCAUGCAACUGAUAUGGACAGGUGCCUCCUUCCUUGUGACCUAUGCCUGUGCGGCCUUGGUGAACCUUUGCCAAAGCCAUGAAGUUGUUCGAAGUCAUCUGAUCCACAACGACAUCAUCCCGCUCUGCAAGCGCAACAUACGGACGUAUGAUGAUGACCUUGCGCUCUACUCGCUCAUGGUGCUGGGCCAGCUGACGAAGAGAUCCAAUCAUCGUGCUUCCGUGGAGAAGCACGGGCUGCUGGAGCUUUGCAUCGGCUUCCUUCAAUUACUCCAGCACCAGGCAGAAACCAGGUGGCGCGUGCUGGCGGAGCUGUGCAACAUAUUGGGACAGCUUUGCAUCGACGAGGGCCCGAGGAACACCGCAAUGGCACCGGACAACAAGGUCUAUGAUUCCCUGAUGGUACUCAUGGAGUCCUCCAUGUCCAAAGGUCUAUCGCCGAUGCCCGACUGGGGUCUAAAACUCCAGAGCAAGGUGUUACUGGCGUUGCGCUCGAUCUGCCACGGGCUGCGCAGAGAUCAGGUUUGCGAACACCCCAUCUUGCCAAAGCUCAUCACUGCGUUGGGUGAUCAUGACAACCUGGAAAAUGCGGAGUGGCUGCAACAGGCUGUGCUCCUUUUCUCAGUCAUGAGCAACAGCAGGGACAAAGGCAUCCCGGCGCUAAAGGCAGCUGGCUGGGAAAAGAUCUAUGGAGUGAUGAGCUCCUGCCCAGCUGCCGCUGCUCGGGAUGCUCUCCGUGACAGGAUGCUGGCCAUCAACAACAGCAUCGCUGGUCAGAGCAAGUAG